GUGUAUAAGCGUUAUUUUUGGUGCUUUAUUUGUCCGCACCUUGGAAGCAAAGUGCGUAGAACAACUCCUGCCUUUCAUAUUUCGGUUUGCUUCUGUUGUGUUCACAUAGCAGGAGCUUCUUUUUAGGGCUCAUCUUUGUGCGUUGAAUACUGGUUUGUAUCGAUCUGCUUCUGAUCAGUAGUUUCAAUAGCAUCAUCGGCUCACCCAAAAGUGUACAUCAACAGACGCCAUUUGCUGAUCCAGAUGAAAACAGCGAUCAGCUGUUGCUACAUCGUAAUGAAAAAUAGUUGCUUGUGUGAACUGUAUCAAAGUUCAAGUUUUGCAACAAGUCUUUGGCGACCGAGAAGUUUCAGACAAACCAGAAGACUUCUUACGCACCCUCGAAGCAUCUUGAAGAACUGUUGUUGUUAAAAGUACGGGAAUCGAAUCAAGACACCUUGAAAAAGGACAGUCUUUGCUUCAUCAAAGUCACUUGGUAGCAAGCAUGAAGCUUUUGGAAAGCAGUCGCUUUGAAGCAAUAAAUGUUGCUUUGUCCUUCGAAACUGGAGACUGCAAGAUCAUCGGCAGGAUCGAAAGCUACUCCUGCAAGAUGGUUGGCAGUGACAAGCGUCUCUUCAAGUCAAUGAAUGCUGAGGCUGGAGGGGGACCGAAUGACCUGCAGGCACUUUCCCCGCCUCAAAGUGUACUUUCUUCACAGAGCCCUAAUCGCCUGUACAGUCGCAGCCAGAGUGAUGAUAAUGAAAGUCACUUGUGCGACACCAUAAGUAGGAAGACCCUGUUUCACCUGAUAGCAACCCUGAAUGCAUCGUUUUGCCCAGACUAUGACUUCAGCCAAGCGAAGAGCGAUGAAUUCAGCAAAGAGCCAAGCCUCGAUUGGGUAAUGAAUGCUGUGGACAGCAAUUUAUUUGCAACAGCCAACCAGGCAUACAGCACGCUCCGUCCACAACUAUGGGCUGCCGUCGACAGCGAGAUCGUACUUUCAGAGUGCGACAUUUACAGCUACAACCCUGAUCUUGCGUCAGACCCUUAUGGAGAAGAUGGUUGUCUCUGGUCUUUCAACUACUUCUUCUACAACAAGCGCUUGAAACGGAUUGUCUUCUUCACGUGCCGUGCUGUCAGGUACAGAUUUGCAAACAGUUUUGAGUACGGCCAAGAUGACUUCGGAGGAGAACAGGAGAGGAUCAUGGAGUUUGAAGAGGAGGCCAUGGCUAAAGCUUCAGGGGCUGAACAAAUCGCAUUCUGAUUCAGGCCAAGUCUUCUAUUCUCUACUCCCAGGAAGUCUGUCAUAUGCACCAAAUACUUUUGCCUCCUUUUGGCUCUGUGUAUUUCAUGAAGUGUGUAAGCACACAAGAAGAUUUUAUCACUGUAUAUAAACCCAGAUGUUUUAAUGUGUACAGGAUCACACAUUUUAUUCUCAUAGCCUCAGGAAGGUAAGAGUUCAUGUUCAAUUUUAAAGUUCAGUUACCAGCAUGUUCUAAUCUCAGCUAUCCCACUUUUGUGCAGAUUUUAGCCAUAGUAGGUGUUAUAACUGCUGUAGGUACAGCUUCCCUUGACACCUGUUUCCUUUCAAACACAUUGUACUUUUAUUUAUGAACUAAUAAAUAAUCAUUUAUUC